AUGAAGGCCACUCUUCAGCUCAUCACCGCUGCCCUUGCAGUCUCUGUCGCAGCCCAUCCUCAAAACGGACGGGGCGGUGGAAAGCCCAGCAGCACCACCACUGCUGCUGCUGCAUCUUCUACAACCGCUGCUCCCGGCCGAGGAGCCAUGUCUUCUCUGCCCUUCCUGCCAACCUGGCUCUUCAGAGACUCCAACGCCAACAAGUGCAUCAGCACUUACAACAACUGCUUGAUCACCAACUCAUCCAACCAAUCGGCAUGCGCUUCCAGCUACGCAGCAUGCAUCAAGGGUGGAUCUUCUACUACCGGCUCGGCCACAUCAGCUCAGACAGCUACUACGACAGUGUCAAGUGCUGGCGGUCCUCCCACCCGCACCUUUUCUCGACCCUCCGUCUCUGGUCUUGCCCAGUGGUGGAGAAACGAGCAGGCCAUCCGACGAUGCAACUAUGCCUACUACGUCUGCCGCAGAAAGUCGGGCUCUACUCAGACAUCUUGCGCUUCUGACCGAACUGCCUGUAUAUCAUCCGCCAGCGCCACUGCUGUGCCUACCAGUGUCCCUACCGGUAUCCCAACCAGCGCGGCGACCACCACUGCGACUGGAUCAGCAGCUACAUCAUCGGUCGCUUCCUCUUCAACUACUGUCGUCCCUGCGGGUACCGGCACUGCUAAUGCUGAUGCUCCUCUCAACUCGGACGAUCCCUCAUUUGAUGACGAGAACUACGAUGCUGAUACUGCUUAA